AUGAAUACUGCAACUACGACGCAUUCUGGCAACGCUGACGGAAUGGGUCUGGAGCAGACGUGCUGGUGGCCGGACACAAUCAGCAGCCUUUAUCCGUUCAUUAAUCGGUUUCCCGCCAGUCAGCAGUUAAGCGGUGUCGCUACACUUCAUACCAGUGAGCGCUAUCAUCCGAUGAACACAAAUAUCGAGCAUCUCAAGGGUAACCCUAAAAACGAGCUUUGA